AUGGGAAACCAACAAUCAACAAAGAAUGCAACAAAGAAUAAAAACAAGAACAAAACCCCUUCAAAGUCUUCCACCAAUGAACAAAAAAAACCUUGGUAUGUCGAAGGUCGACGGUAUACCAAUUACAAGAAUUCAAAAUAUUUUUUGCCGGAUGAUGAAAUUGAAAUGGAUAGAUUACAGAUGCAACAUUAUUUAUUUCGACAUAUAUUCUAUGGAAAUUUUUCUGCUCCAGUAGAAGAUGUGCUUAAACGAGGUGGUCGAAUAUUAGAUAUAGG